AUGGGGACAAAAGCACAGCAAACGGUUUGUGCCAAAUGCAAGAAAACAAAGGCCAUUGUAACAUGUAAAGGAUGUUCAACAGAUUUUUGCGUCGAUCAUUCCAAUGAACAUCAUAAUGAAUUAAGCGAACAAUUAAGUAAAACUGAAAAUCAAUUCAAUCAGUUCAAAUCCGAAAUCGAAGUACAAAAAGCUAAGCCACAAAUCCAUGAAUUAAUGAAACAAAUCGAUCAAUGGGAGUACGAAUCGACCAAAAAGAUUCGGCAAGUGGCUGAUGAAGUUCGUCAUAAACUAUCAUCUUAUAUCAAUACAUUUGUCAGCGAUCAAGAUAUUAAAUUGAAGCAACUGAGCGAAAAAAUCAUUCAAUAUCGCAAGGAUAAUGACUUCGCCGAACCAGAUAUUCAAUUUUUUAAUGAAAAACUUAAAAGAUUAAAAGAUACUUUUAACAAUCCAGCGAUGUUUAAUAUCGAAUACGAUUCAGUAUCUUUCAUCAACAAAAUCUGUCUUAAAAUGGAAGGUAAAAUUUGUCUUAUUCUUGAAUUUGAAAGGCUUUUUUCACUUCAUUUUUAUCGAAUGGUCAAAAUUAAUUGUUCAAUCAUCCAUAUUGCACUUCAUCAUAGAACUUCUUAUGUUAAAGAAUGUUGUUCUCAAGUUCCAUGA